GCUUAUUAUUGAGGAAAAUGGGCCGUGCCCGUGCAUGGUGGUGGUGGACAACUGCCUCACUUAUAUUGGUCUUCACUCUCAAUGCGGUGGACUCCGUUACAUCUUCUCUUUCACUUUUUCUUUUCUUUUCUUUUUUGUUAAUUGAGUAUUUCUCUGAGAUCCUCGUAUCCGUAUCGUCGGCGACAACGUUAAUUCGCCAGAACACACACACACAUUCACACACUGAAAAACAUUAAACCCAAAAAAGAAAAAUUAAAACACACACACACACAGUCACACGGGGUCACACACACCCCGCACAACUCUGUAAUUUCUUUCCCGUCACUCUCUUUUUACACUUCCGUCUUAAAAGGUGGCCAUUCUCUUUGUCAUUUCUCCGUCUCUUUUCUUGCGUUUCCUUCAUCCUCUGUUCCUCUUUUUGGUCUCUCUCUCUCUCUCUCUCUGUGUAUAUAUAUUAGCUUAUUCAGCUCGUUUUCCUUUGUUGGCCUCAAUUUGUUUACCGAUUUGAGCUGCGUUUUUGGACUUGUAUUCCUCCUUCCCCUUUUUAGUAAUUUUUGGGGAUUUAUCUUUUUUGUACGUUCCAGUUGGGUUGGGUUUUGUAACUUUUUUAAUCCCUUUUCUUAGUGAAACCCAAAGCAAGAAAAAAGAGUACUCAGGAAAUAUACUGGAGUUGGGUAUUCAUGUAACUUUUCUACAUGAGAAGAAUAUACCAUUUGCCUAUUUCACACACUAUCCGGUUCUGUUGGCGCCGCGAGCUCCAUAUUUCAGCGGGAAUUUAGCUGGUUGGCGAUUUUGAUCACUAUUUUGUGCACAUCGAUUCGUUGCAUUUCUUUUUUGAGAUUUUAUGUGGUUCUGAAAGGGAGUAGUUGCCAAUGAAGGCAGUUAAAUCAUGGAGGUGGUUGCUGAAGAAAGCCCUUUCCAUACUUGAUAGGGGGACAUGUGGAUCAAAAAUGAAACCUCUGCCUUUUAUGUUAGUUAUGUGUACAGUGAUGUUGUUCAUUGUAUAUAGGACCACUACUUAUCAGUACCGGCAGACAGAAAUGGAAUCAAGAUUGUACCCUUUCUACACUCUAAUGAGUUCCGGUGUACCAGCUUCUAGUUUGAGAAGCUUACCUCGUGGCAUUAUUGAAGCUAAAUCUGAUCUGGAGUUGAAGCCUUUAUGGUCAGGCAGUGGUUCAAAGCCAGAGGUAGAUAGCCCUAGCUCUAAGAAUUUACUGGCUAUUCCAGUGGGCAUCAAACAGAUGCGUAAUGUUGAUAGAAUUGUGCGGAAGUUUCUUCCAGCGAACUUCACCAUUGUUCUGUUCCAUUAUGAUGGCAACGUGGAUGGUUGGUGGGAUCUUGUAUGGAGUAAGAAGGCAAUCCAUAUGGUUGCUUUCAACCAAACAAAAUGGUGGUUUGCCAAGCGCUUUUUACAUCCAGCUGUUGUGUCCUCUUAUGAUUACAUAUUUUUAUGGGAUGAAGAUUUGGGAGUAGAGCAUUUCCAUCCUGGAAGAUAUUUGGAAAUCAUAAAGUCAGAAGGGCUGGAAAUAUCUCAGCCUGCUUUGGAUCCUAAUUCUACUGGCAUACAUCACAGGAUUACAAUACGACGAAGAACAAACAAAUUUCAUAGGAGAGUCUAUGACACUCGAGGAAGUUGGAAAUGUUCAGAUGAUUCUGAGGGGCCGCCAUGCACUGGAUUUGUGGAAGGAAUGGCACCUGUCUUUUCAAGAGCUGCUUGGCAUUGUGCCUGGCAUUUAAUACAGGUUACAUCUUCAUUCUACCUCCUUGGAUUCUCCUUCGGUUAUGCUAACAAGUUAGUCCAAUUUUUUCUGGGUGGGUGGGUGGGGGGUAUUCAUGAAUGUGCUGUAAAGUUUACUUGGACCCUUGUGGUUGGAGUUUUGAGGAAUGAGGAUGGCAUUUUCCUUUUCGUGUUUCUUAUCCACCUAGAUGGAUGUUUAAAUUUAUUUAAUAAUUAUGUUCUUUGUUGUUCUGUUUGCAGAGUGAUCUUGUUCAUGGAUGGGGUAUGGACAUGAAACUUGGUUAUUGCGCACAGGUAAAUAGAAGCUGACAAGUAUUUCUGUAUUACCGUGAUCAUUUUGUUUCUUCACACUCAUAGGCAUGGGGGGUGGGGUUGUAUCAUGCUAGUAAUGCCUGUUGCCUCAGUUUACCUUACAUUUCUAAAGAUGCUGUUUCGACCAUGUGCUUCUACUAGGUUUUAAGAAAAUAAGUGGGUGAUACUCUUUAACUUUCUCUCACCAUUUGUUGAGCUCUGCAGUAAUGUUUCCAGUAUGGCAUCAAAUGGAAGUUGCAUUUACAUCAAUUCUAAAUUAUUUUUAUGUCAUUGUAGGGUGAUCGCACAAACAAGGUGGGAGUUGUUGAUAGUGAGUACAUAGUUCAUCAGAGUAUCCAGACAUUGGGUGGGCAAUCUGCCAGAAAGGUUAUUCAUCAAUCACCUCCUCCUUUCCCCCCCCCCCCCCCCCCCCCCCCCCCCUCAAGAAGGGCUUUUUAUCAGACAGUAAUCUUAAAGAUUCCUCGCGUAGAUAUUUAUUGUACUGUCUACUGUUUCUGUGGGAAGAACGUUCGUCAUUCAGCAAUAAAUUUUAACUAAUUGUGUACAUUCCUUGUGCAGAGACUCACUCCUCCAGGAUUGACAAAGGUAGACUCUAAUGCUUGGUUCUCCUCUUUCUUUUGGAUCAAAAGAUUAUGUCACUAAUAGCUAUAUGUGUCUUCUUUGUUGCAGAAGCACGAAGUUGAUGUUCGAUCUGAGGUACAAUAUCCUCGGUACCUGAUGUGCCAUGCCAUUGUUAUUUUUCUGUCAGCUUUUCUUAAAUUCUUACUGAUUCAUCUUUGGGGGGAAAAAUGUUCAAAAUGCAGUUAUUCUUAUUGAAUAAGUGCAUUUUGCAAGAUCAUUUCCGCAUAGCCUAAUACUUAGGCACCUUGUGUUCAUUGUGCAGAUAAGGAGGCAAUCAACCACAGAGCUUCAAGUAUUUGAAGAUCGAUGGGAACAAGCUGUGAGAGAAGACAAGUACUGGGUAGAUCCAUACAAAGGUAGCUCAAAAAGAAGACGGCGGCGGCGGCGAAUCAAAAGACGGCAUAGUAAGGUUUAGAAUUAGAGCAAAGGUACAUUAGGUCUUGAAGCAAUAUUUAUCUUUCACAUUCACUUGUAAUACAUAGUCUGUGUAGCAGUGUAGGCCCCAUAGGGUGUAGGAACUCUAUAUUAUUCAUUUGUUAAAAGAUCACAAUCUUUACUUGUUACCAUUGAACCGGGUAGGUUCCACGAGAUUAGGCUUCUAAAUAUGCAUUGGGCAUACCAGAAGUUUUGUAGUUGUGAACCAUACAAGAUAACCCCGUCUGGAAAGGGGUGAAAGAAAUGGAGAAAAGGAAGUGCUUGAAUCAAAGAAGUCAGAUUUAUUGGGUAGCAAAGUUUGACAUGCAUAUCAUGGUUUCAUUCAACAUAAGUGAAUAUUGAAGAGGAUCUAGAAGAAUUGUGUGCCCAAAGAAUAGUCAGAAACAACCUGUUUGUUUGUUUGAGAAGUAAACAGAAAAUGAAAGCAACUUGAAGAAAAUUGAUCUCCGGACAACCCUGUUUGCAAUGGAUGAAGAUCACAAGGGCUCGGUCAGGUGUAGGAGGUGUUACCAAGAAACAGGAAAAGCAUGUUAGGGCACCAACAUGAACAACAGUAGUUUCACAGCAGCAUUUCAUUAGAUUUGAUUUCACCUCUCAAAACUAACUGGAGGAAGGGGUUUGUAUACAACAACUCCAAUAUGAUGACGAGGCUAAACUGCCAAAACUAUUGUAACAUAAUCCAAAAUUAUCUUAUUCAGAAAUGCCUGAAACAUGGCAUUAUUCUUUUG